AUGGAUAAGGUUUUCAGUGAAUACUCGCGAAAGGGGAACAGUGCGAAAUUCGAGGUUAUUGCCAUGAGUUGUCGACGACCUGAGCAUCAAGCCCCUCCGGAGAUAUUCUAUGAUGAGACGGAGGCCCGCAAAUACACAACGAAUUCCAGAAUGAUCGACAUUCAAGUGCAAAUGUCUGAACGAGCAUUGGAACUACUGGGAUUACCGGACGACAAACUUUGCCUCGUAGCUGAUCUAGGCUGCGGUUCAGGACUGUCCGGCGAAGUUAUUGAAGAGCAGGGCCAUAUGUGGAUUGGAGUGGAUAUAUCACCAGCAAUGCUAAAUAUUGCCAGGGAGCGCGAAGUCGAGGGAGAUUUGAUUCUUGGUGACCUUGGAGAAGGACUGUGUUUCCGUGCCGGUGUAUUUGACGGAGCAAUCAGUGUUUCGGCAUUGCAAUGGCUGUGCAAUGCAGAUAAGAAUGAUCACAAGCCACACAUCGCCGACGAGCGAAAGAAGAGCAGCAACAUGUCGUCAGACCAGUCAAAGCGCGACAACAAUGGAAGUUACUUGACGUUACUAUCUGAUUCGCCGAUGUUAAUAUUUCAGGCCCGAGGUGCACGUGCAGUUUUCCAGUUUUAUCCCGAAAAUUCUGCUCAAAUUGAACUCAUCACAGCGCAGUCUAUGAAAGCGGGGUUUUCUGGGGGCCUUGUUGUGGAUUAUCCCCACAGUUCAAAGGCGAAAAAGUUCUUUCUGGUUCUAAUGACCGGGGGCCCGCAACAGCUUCCUAAAGCUCUCGGAGAUGCGGAGACCGCUGAAGUAGCGAAAGCAAAAUUUACCACGAAAAGAGAAAAGAUGCGAGGACUGCGCCAAGGAAAAUCCGUGAAAGGAAGCAAAUCGUGGAUAAUGCAGAAGAAGGAGCGCAGAAGACUUCAAGGGAAGGAAGUGAAAGCGGAUUCGAAAUACUCGGCCCGAAAGCGUCCCGGGCAUUUUUAAUGCAGUGAUUCGUGUUAUAAAUGAUUUUUUUCAGUUCAAUCCGAAACAGAGAACACCCUCUUUGAUGCCAUAUUCCAUCUUCGUUCUACAGGAAGCAACAAUAUUUUAUUAAGUGCUUUUUUUUGUGUGUGAAGGAAGUUUCAGCUAGUCAGAAGAUCUCGGGGUGUUCUGAUUGGCUCUGUCCUGUGAAUGGAUAGUUCCCUGGUUCGAGACGAAAUCCUUGUGCAAGCACAUAAUAGGACAGGAGUUUUUAUGCAGUACUUAUAAGGUGUUGUUGCGUUCGAAUGUUUCGGUUCUGUCAUGCCUGAAGAGCAAGUUUCGGAUUUUUUAGACGAUGCUUCAAGUAUCCCUGAAUCUGGAGCGGUCUUGACAUUUGGACGCAGUCUGUUCGGUAAUGAUCAAGAACCUGGGAAAUUUUGGAUCCGCAAUGAUGCAAUCAUUGGCAUAUCUUGUGGGGAUCAAUUCACCGUGGUUGUUGCAGCGUCGGGGCGCGUGUUCACGUUUGGAAGUAAUAAUCAUGGAGAGCUUGGCCUGGGACACAGGAAAACUGUCAACAAACCGUCGUGUAUCAAAAGUUUGAAACCCCGGAAAAUUGUGCUGUCUGCUGGUGGUCGAGCCCAUACGAUUCUUGCUACUGAGUCGGGACUACUGUUCAGUAGUGGAUUGAAUAGUGAUGGCCAGCUUGGCAUUGGGACUGACGAAGAUUCAUUCGAACCAGUUCCAUUCCAACUCCUUGAAGAUAUUCUUGUCCCACUGAAACAACUUGCGGCAGGAGCUCAUCACUCUGUUGCUCUUACAGUCGAUGGACGGGUUUUUGGUUGGGGAUCUAAUGUCGAAGGUCAGCUUGGUAUUCAGGAGCAAUGCAUCAACAAACCCCAUUUGAUCGCUGAGAACGUCGAGAAGAUAGCGUGUGGUUACUAUCAUACAGCAUUGAUCAAAAGUGAUGGGAUAGUUUACGUGCUGGGCAUUACAGAAAAUGCGCAGUUGAAUGAGAGCAACUCUUCCGGAGGAGACGGAAAACGACAUGUUAUGCUUCCGGAUGAAGAACGAGCAGUGGAUGUGUCUUGUGGCGGGAGCCACACGAUCAUCCUCACGGCAACUGGCCGUGUGUUCGGCUUCGGUGACAAUGAACGCGGACAACUCGGCUUGGACAAGGUCGUCAGCAGCUGUCCAGACCCUGCCGAAAUCCUUGGUCUGACUGAUCAGAAAGUUGUGCAGAUUUCCUGUGGUGAACGCCAUUCGGCUGCGAUCACGAUAAAUGGCCAACUGUUCACAUGGGGGGACCGGGGUUACGGAAAGCUGUGUGAGGAAAAUGUUAGCUUGACUUCCGGAAGCACUGCAGAUGGACCGGAUUUCUUCGUCGGCCCGGUUCGUCUUGCUUGGCUGGAACCUCUCUCCAUUGUGAAGGUUUCUUGUGGGGGUAUGCACACAAUUUUGCUUGCCAAGACGAGGGUUCAAUCAAACGCGGUUGUUGCUGAUGAAAGUUCGGAAGUGAAAGAAGAGGUUGCCGAUGCGGCAUCUGCUCUACCGUCUCACAUUACAUCGGUUGAAUCUCCACCGACGAACUUGGAUGUUUCUGAAUCGAAAUCUUCGAUCACAAUAAACGACGUGCUUUCAUCGUCUGUUGAUAUUGCAGCAGAAACGAAUAGUGACGUGAAGAUGCUGGACGAAAAUCUGGACGGCAAGGUAACAAACGGAAAGCAGAAAUCUGUCAAAAAGAAAUCCAAUGUCUGCCUUUUACUGUGAAUCGUACUGAAAAUAAUCUUGCCAAGCCUUAAUCUUGGAGCGUUUCAAGAAUGCGAGGGUUGUCUGGUUUCUGCGCGAAAUCGGGCGAGAAAACUAACGACCUUUGCCCCUUUUUUAUUGAUCACAUUAUGUCAACACUGAUAUUGACGGAUUCCGCGAAUUCCAAUUUUCUUCGCAUUUUUGGUCUUGAACUUCGCUCCAUUGAACUUUCCUAAAUAUUAAUCUGUUGUAAUUCAGGUGCGUCUCUGGAUGAAGUUUAGAAUAAUAUUUUAGACGCUUGCACUGAGACCUCUAAUUAAAUUCGAGAUGAAUCAGAUGGUCUUUCGCACAUGGGUACUGGUGACCAAUUUCUUCCCCAUCAUCCUUAGUCACCAAAUUAUUUGUUCGGAAAAAUUUAAAGACAAAUGGGCGAAGGUCGUGGAAAUCAGACAGCCUCGUUGUUUUUCGAAGUAUCCUCAAGUAUCGUUCUUUUUUGCGGUACCGCGUUUGUGCGUCUAGUCAACAUAUUUCUGAUACUCCUAGAAUUUUUUUUUCCAAAGGAGGAGUUCGAUUUUCGGGAAUAAAUUGUGAGAAAAUUAGACAAUAUUGCCAAAGUUUGUCUUCGGGAAUCUUGCGGGCAACUGUGUACAAAGCGCACAAAAUUUUACGCUGCUGCUACGAGCUUUUGACGAAAUUUUUUACGUUCCAUCCGAGGUCUCAAAAUGGUGACAGUAUUCCGUCCAUUUUGUAACGCAACGAAAUCCUAGUCGCGAUCGUGUUGUGUUCCGAGAAAAUAUUCUCUGCGUGCAAGUCUGUGUUUGUUCAACUGCAUCUCGUGAAAGAAAUGAAGAAAAGCGUUCUGUGGAAAAA